CAGUGUCAGUACCACAGCAGUUUGGCCGUGCCCUCUAUUACACUUCUCCUGUUCUCUCUAGAAAGGCCUUUCUGUCACGUUGUCCUGUGACCACUUUCAUUUUCUAUGUUUUCUGUAACUAUCCCUCAUUCUAUAUCGGUGCCUCGGGAGCUGUCAGGCUAAAUGGAAACUACAAGAGUCCCUGGUCUCUUGUCGGGGGGAGACUCCUUCUACUAUUUUGCCUACGGCAGCAAUUUACUGAAAGAGCGGCUUUUUCUUUCCAACCAUUCCGCUUCCUUCCACUGCAUUGCCUCACUCAAGAAUUUCAGGCUUGCAUUUGGCAAUCAUGAAGACAGGACUUCAUCUUGGGGAGGUGGUGUGGCUACAGUGGUUGAGAGCCAGGGAGAUGAAGUCUGGGGCGUUGUAUGGAAGCUGGACAUUACCAACCUACAUUCUUUGGACAUGCAGGAAGGUGUUCCUGAUGGAAUUUAUGAACCCAUAGAGAUAAAUGUUCAAACAGCUGAAGGAAAUCUCACCUGUCGAUGUUACCAAAUGAAAAAGUGUGUAUUUGGCCUUACUUCUCCACAAUACAAGCAGGUCCUGUGCAUGGGAGCAAAACAGAAUGACUUACCACUUGAGUAUCGGAAGAUGCUGCAAGACAUAGAAACCAACAACUUCUCUGGCCAUAUUCCUAUCAUGGACCAGCUAAAAGAUGCAAUUGACAAACUGCAAAGUGCUGUGUAUCAGUAAUGGAAAUUAAGAGAAACUGAACCUGUUGUGAAAGAGACUAGAUAACAAUUGCUUUUUCUUACUGAACAGUCUUCUGGGAUUGGGUGCUUCAUUUGAUCUUUAUUCGCUUGGAAAUCUAUAAGAAGCAUUAUACAUUUUAUUGAUAGGUUUCACCUCUGGGGACACUAGAGGGGAUCAUUUAUCAGUCAUGGUGCAGGUGCAAGCAGAAAUUGUACCAGUACUCUUGUCCAUAGCAGCAAUGAGUUUUGGUUGAUCUACAAGUUUGCUGGCACAAUCUAACACCUACCCAAGUAAAUCAGCUCCACUGUUUCAAUGGAAUAUGAAUUUUUUUUUCUAUUUGAGAAGCUGAAAGCAAAUAUUUGUGUCAUUUUAUUAUCAGGGAAGGAAGCAGUUUUAGUGUGAGGCAGGCAAUCUACUUAUUUUGUAUUUUAUGAAUUAUUUAAAUUUUUCUGUAAUAUUUUCAAGCAAUUACUGAUGUCAUUUUUAAUAAACAAUGUGAAAGUA